AUGGUAAAAGACCUGCAGUGUAAGGUGGAAAACUUACCCUCCAGAAAAAUAUAUGCCGCAUUCGAACAGAAGAAUGGUGACAAACAAACAUGUGAGCACAGAAGCUCCUGGACACAGGGAAUAGAGAACAUUUUAAAAGAUAAAUUAAAGAAUGAAUGGGUAACUGCUAACGAAAGUUAUGCAACGAAAAUUGCGAGAGCCUGGUGUCUUGUAUCCAGCAUACUGUCGAAGAGGGAAUCACUCUGUUCAACAAUAUGUGACUUCUUUUACUACUGGUUAGGAGGUAUAUUAUCUGAAAAUUUGAGUGGAUGGCGUAUUUCAUUCGCAACACUUAUGAAUGAAAUUUACGCGCAGUUACAAACAUUGCCUGGUAAUAGUCCGUGUGCAACCAUAAAAACUGCUCCUACUACUAGCACCACCUUCUUCAAAAAUAGGAAAAUAAUAUUUGAUUAUUUAUAUGACUGUAAUACAAUAAGGUCACCCCCACAGCCAGGGGGAAAACAAUGUGCUGGUGCCUAUUCUACAUAUAAACAGGAAGCUGAGCAAAAGUAUGGAAUGGUAAGGGCAGGUUGUUCACAUGGAACGGGUAGUAAUGACCCAUGUUGUAAAAAACUUAAGGAGAUGGAAGGAGAAAGUGGAACACCCAUUCCCCAGAAUCUAUCACAAUUAACAUGUACUGAAGUAAAUAUGCCACAGCAACUUUUAGCAUGUAUUGAACAACAGCACCAGGAUCGUUCCGCAGGAUCGGAACCACCACAGAAGCCUGAAAUCCAAGUUCAUUCCAAACCUGAAGGAAGUGCAACAACCUCGCCAAUUGGGGGUGGAGGAAGUGGUAGUGCUGUCAUACCUGGUGUUUCUUCCAUCCUAGGAAUAGUUGGACUACCAGUAACUGCAUUCUUUUUAUAUAAGGUAUAG